AGUUGAAUUACAUGACAGUUUAGGUCAAUGUUUUUAACCUGCAUUUGAGGCCUGAACGCUUCUGUCUGUUUUUUUUCUUUCUUUCUUUUUUUUGUUUUGUUUUGUUUUUUCGGUUUUUAGUAGUAGACUCCCCACCCUAAACAGCAAAAUGGCACAUCCCGGAAGUGGUCGAGAAUUUUUUUUUUGUCUCUAUGGCAACCGCGAGACGCAGGACGCAGCAGCAGGUAGAAUAAUGGCAGGAACGUCUCGGCAUGACCGGGAGAUGGCGAUAAACGCCAAAAAGAAGCUGGGUGAGUGCUCGGACCCGGUGGAGCGGCUGCGGCUGCAGUGUCUGUCCCGUGGAUCAUCAGGGAUUAAAGGCCUCGGCAGAGCUUUUCGGAUUAUGGAUGAUGACAACAGCCGAACACUGGACCUGAAAGAGUUCAUGAAGGGUCUGAAUGACUACGGGGUUCUCAUGGAGAAAGACGAGGCCAUUGCACUUUUUCAGCAAUUUGACAGGGAUGGAAGUGGGCAGAUUGACUUUGAUGAAUUUCUCCUCACUCUCAGGCCACCAAUGUCCAAUGCGAGGAAGGAGGUGAUCAUGCAGGCCUUCAGAAAGCUGGACAGGACUGGUGAUGGUGUGAUCACUGUUGAAGACCUGAGAGGAGUGUAUAAUGUGAAACAUCACCCCAAAUAUCAGAACGGGGAAUGGACUGAGGAGCAGAUCUUCCGCAAAUUCUUGGACAGCUUUGAUUCUCCUGAUGAUAAGGAUGGAAAGGUCACUAAAGAAGAGUUUUUAAAUUACUAUGCUGGUGUGAGUGCCUCCAUUGACACUGACAUCUACUUUAUUGUAAUGAUGAAAAACGCCUGGAAACUAAACUAACAUCUUCAAAUGUCUUACCCAGGGUCACGAAAGAGGAGUUUGUCAACUACUACAGUGGAGUGAGUGCGUCCAUCGACAGCGAUGUCUACUUUAUUCUGAUGAUGAAGACAGCAUGGAGGCUAUGAGAGUUUUAUAAUCGUAUACUUAAUUUAUAAUGUCUUAAAGUUUCACUGUGCAUUUGACAUUUUUAUGAAGGACUGAUUAUAUAGAAUAGCCCAUUGAUAUUUGUGAAUCAUGAAGAUUUUGACCUUUGAUUUCUCUUUUGAGAAUUUGCCUUUUUAGUAUGCCUCUUUGAAGCUGGUUUCACACUGUUCACGGAAAAGGGUGGUGAGCACAGAGGCAGGUGAAUGGACAGGUCAUACAGAGUUCAAAUGUUUUCAAGUUUUCCGCAAUUCCCUCUCCGCUAUCCAGAGAACGAUACAACUCAUUCACAUGUUCUUUUACACACUCACAGCUACUGGCAAUUUAGCAUAGCCAAUCUAUCUACUGGCUUUUUUUUUUUUUUUGUGAUGGAAGGAAACCAAAGAACCCAGAGGAAACCCAUGUGGUGAAGAACAGGGGGAGAACAUGUGAAAGACAGUAACCCAAGCUCAGGAUCCAACCAGGGAGCUGUGAGACACCAACGCUAGCCAAUGUACCACAUUGCUGUACGGCAUUAUUGAUUUUUUUUUUUUUUCAGAACUGUGUCCCCUGAGUGGUGAGUGCAGUUUGUACUGCGAACAGUGUGAAACCAAAUGAAGGCAGCUCAGAAUUUGCUCAUGCAUGUAUACGAAUCCUGUCACCUUUUUACACUACACAGCAUUGUGACUGAAGGAGAACGCUAAGCUCUUUACUCUCAGCCCAGCCAGAAUAAGGGCCAUAUUAUCGUUUCCUUCCAAACACACACCUGGUGAUCAUACUUCCUGGGACAUUUGUGGACAAGCAGUAUAUUUUCCAGUGAAAUUUCAGACUUCAGUGAGACUCCUAUAUGUUUUGAUGAUAUGUUUAACAACAUAACUGUGCAUGCUUAACAAUCUGUAGCUAGAAUAGAAAUAUCCAGUACUGAUUCGAUGUCGAGGUGUGUUUAACAUUUGCUAGAAUGGAAAAAAUUACUUUAAAGCUGCAAUUUGUUAUUUUGAAAAGUAUUCCUAAAUCUACAAGGUGUCUGAAAAGUCAAGAACCAAUGGGCAUAUGUUGAGAAAAUAUGCUGAUCUGAAUAUGUUGAGCAAAACCUGCAAAAAUAUGAUACAGCAGCUGAGAAAAUGCAUACAGCGUAAGGGUGAACAUGUAGAGCAUAUGCUGUGAAUAAUACGUACAAAAGUAAGUAGAUGUACUUUUACUCUUGUUGGUUCCUGACAUUUUGGACACACUUUAUAAUAAUCAUCCUUUAAAAAAAUACCACAGAAUAUAAAAAAGCUGAGAAUUCACAAAAUUGUCACAUGAUGGACCAGGCUUGUUUCAGGCUUCAGUUAAAUUUUUUUCUGGGACAGACUUUAGCUCUGCCCCCAGCCACAGUAAAAUCUGCUCAGCUCAUCCUCUUUUUCUUAAAAAGGCAACUCACAAGGCGUAUGUAGUUUCAGUAGAGAGGACAUGGUCAGGUGUGGGAGAGGAGGUUAAUUCAGUUCAUUUAACAGUCAGCAGAGGGCAUUAAAAAUUACAAUCUCCCCCUUUAUAUCACCUUAAUAAAUAGAAACCAGUCCUAGGUUUUGGAAUGUCUUUUAAUAUCUGGUUCUGUUGUGCAAAAUCUUUAAUAAAACCAGUAGUAUAAAUGAUUAUUGCAAUGUACUAUACAGUGUAAAUGCUUUGUGGUAAUAAAA